AUGGACAACCCGUCCUCGGUCAUCACGCAGGUCAGCCGGGAAGAAGAGGGAACUAAAACUGCAGAUAGAACGGACAAGGGUUCCACACCGUCACUGUCCACCAAGAAGCCUCGAAGCAGUGGCUUAUUCUCCAUCUUUUCCUGCUGCCUCUGUCGGGACCAACCAGAACCCUCGCCAGUCAACAACAAUGCCCCCCUGCUCGUUGAGGAGAAUGGCACAAUCUCCAAGAUCCAGGUUAAACCGCUGCUACCACCAGCCAAGUCCAAAGACGCGGGAAAGGUUUGCGUGGUUAUUGAUCUGGAUGAGACGCUAGUUCACAGUUCUUUUAAGCCAGUGAACAAUGCUGAUUUCAUCAUUCCUGUGGAAAUAGAUGGAACUGUACACCAGGUAUACGUUCUGAAGCGACCUCAUGUGGAUGAAUUCUUGAAGAGAAUGGGAGAAAUGUUCGAAUGUGUCCUGUUCACUGCCAGUUUAGCCAAGUAUGCCGACCCUGUUUCUGACCUCCUGGACAAAUGGGGAGCCUUUCGCUGCCGCCUCUUUCGGGAGUCAUGCGUCUUCCACAGAGGAAAUUAUGUCAAGGAUCUCAGUCGCUUGGGCCGGGAUCUCAACAAAGUCAUCAUAGUGGACAACUCCCCUGCCUCAUAUAUCUUCCAUCCCGACAAUGCGGUGCCUGUGGCCUCUUGGUUUGACGACAUGUCCGACACUGAGCUUCUGGACCUCAUUCCUUUCUUUGAGAGGCUGAGCAAAGUGGAUAACGUCUACGCUGUCCUUAAGCACCAAGGGGGAGCCACAAGCUAA